AUGCAAGGUGCUUGCCUGCCAUGGGUGGUGGGACUGUGCUGCUUGCUCCUCACGUUGGUCACGGCUGAUAGCAAGCCAUCGAUCACGGUGGACGGCAGUGGCACGCUCUUUCUCAACGCCUCAAACCGCGUGGUGGUCAACGGCGUUGAUGUGGCAGAUCUUGCCACGGUGUUGCGAUCCCUCGUGCGAUUGAGCCCAGAACUGUAUCUGCCUCAGUUUGAAAGCAAAAUCAUCACGACUGGCGCGGCGUUUGCAACCGCAGUCGCCGUGGCGGAUCUUGAUGGUGACGGUCAACUGGAUGUCAUCAGCUCCAGCGCCAAUGAUGACAAGGUGGCCUGGUAUCGCAACACUGGCGAUGGCACAUUCUCUGCAGAGAACAUCAUCAGCACCACAGCCAAACACGCGUUUUCCAUCUAUGCAGCUGAUCUGGACAACGACGGCUGGCUGGAUAUCCUCAGUGCCAACGCCGUUGACAACACAAUCGUUUGGUAUCGCAAUCAAGCCAAUGGUUCCUUUGCGCAACAUCAAGCAGUCAUCACGGCCAAUGCUGCCCGAGCGGCCUCGGUGUUUGCCGUGGAUCUAGACAACGACGGCAAGAUGGAUGUUCUGAGUGCCAGUUAUGGCGAUGACAAAGUGGCAUGGUACCACAAUACUGGCAACGGCACCUUUUCUGAUCAAAAAGUAAUCACUGCGGCUGCCGACGGUGCGCGCUCGGUGUUUGCUGCUGAUCUUGACCGCGAUGGCCGUGUCGACGUGCUCAGCGCCAGCUUUGAGGACGAUACCAUUGCUUGGUAUCGUAACUUGGGUAAUGGCGCCUUCUCGGCCCGAUCCGUCAUCACUUCCAACGCAGACGGGGCAACCUCGGUCUAUGCAGCCGACCUUGAUGGCGAUGGGCAUCCAGAUGUCCUGAGCAGCAGCCUUGCUGACAACACGAUCGCUUGGUACCAAAACCAUGGAAACGGUUCCUUCUCUCCGCCCAAGAUCAUCACGAACACUGCGAGCCAAGCCGUUUCGGUCUACGCUGCCGACCUUGACCGAGACGGUCAUGUGGAUGUGAUCAGCGGUAGCAGUGCUGAUAACAAAGUUGCAUGGUUUCGAAACGAGGGCGACGGCACUUUCUCUGUCGAAAUCAUCAUCUCGACUGCAGCCAACGUCGUGACUUUUGUUCGCGCAGCCGAUCUCGACGGCGAUGGUGACAUGGACGUGCUCAGCGCCAGCUCUGGUGACAAUAAGAUUGCUUGGUACCCUGCCAACACUCACUUGAUUGAGGUUCUUCGGCGUCUUUAA